CAGACUGUGAUGCACAACAUAUAGAGUACACAUUCCAUGAUGUACGUUGUUGGUGAAAGGGCUGGUGUAAAGUCAUGGGAGGUGUUAUCCAGUUGCACUACCUUCAGUCUGGUGAGUGCACUGGAGUCAUCAGAGCUAACCAAGAAUCAGCUGCAUCUUCAACACCUCCCCACCAUCAAGACCUUCUGCAUAUUUACCUGGUGCUUCUUCUUCACACUUACCCUGCUGAUCCACAUUCUCAGCACCAUCCAGUUUCACAGCCUCCUUCCAGUGUCCUGGAAAAACCUGACUGUGACUGUGGCAGUUUUGGGAUCGCUGAUGUGUCUCAGUGCCUUUAUAGUUUUUCCAUGGCUCAUUAUGGAGCACCAAACGGCCUGGCCACGUCCUGUGGCAGCCGUCAUAACAUCAGGCCUCACUUUUCUCGCCUACAUCUUGGAAACCUACUUUCUAUGCUCCCAGGUCCAGGAACAAAGAGGUUUCUUGGGCAGUCUACCUGGUCUUUUCAAGAUUGUGGAACUGUGGGGUGGUUUUCAGAUGAUUCCUUUGUUUGUGGAAGCAGAUUAUGGCCCAAAUCGCUGGCAGCGGUGGAUGUCUGGAACGUCAUAUGGUGUCUGUAUCCUCAUGUCUCUUGUCACCCUGGUAAUAAUAUUGAGUGAAUUUGCAGGAAAAUGUCAUGUUCCUUUUGACAGAUUAAUGGUUGUUUUCACGAUAAUUGGAAUGCUGCUAUACAUGGUAGCUACAGUGAUUUGUUUUGGCAAGAUACCACACCUAAAAAACAGUGCCAACAAAAGUUCAGAGUUAGUUAUAAUGGAGAUAGUUGUUGCUUGUAUCACACUGGUAUGUUAUACCGUGGACCUUACAUUCUCUAUUAAAACUUUGUGUGACAGGCUUCACACAUGAAUUAACUCUUUAUGUUAAAUGUAAGUGGUAAUAUAUUUUU